AUGUCUUCGAAAUCUUUGCAUUACUUCCCCAGAUCACUAAGGAAUCUAAUACCAGGCUUCGAGAUGAAAUCUGUUGUGCUUGCUGUUUGCUUGUUAUCCUUCAUUGGAUUUUCCACUCAGCAACAAACACCUCAACAGAUCCAACAGCAACUCAUACAAUUCAGAGAUGAAUGCAUCAAAGAAUCAGGAGUAGAAGUAUCAGCUGUCACCAGCGCCGACCAAGGACAAUUCGACGACUCAAACAAAAAAUUGCAAUGUUUUGCCAAAUGUUUCUACCAAAAACAAGGUUACGUCGACGAAAAUGGCACCCUCUUGGUCAGCGCUAUCGAAGCCAAACUGCCAGCCGCCAACAAAGAACAGGCUCUUGCCAACGUCAAGAAAUGUGAAGGAAUUACUGGAGAAGACGCUUGUGAAACUGGAUACAAAAUCCACAAGUGUUUCUUUGAAAACAUCCGCGCCGCAGCCGCAGCUGCAGCCGCUGCUGCUGCCGCUCAAGCCCCAGCUGCCAAAGCCUAAGGACUAUGACUACAUUUGAUGAUAUUUUUAGUAAUUUAUUUUGUGAUUUCUUGUAAAUAAAAAAUUAUGGUAAGAUUAUUUUU